AGAACGGAGUCGGGACUAACGGAACGGAACGAGAGACAUUCUCAAGUUUCAAUACAAACAAGCCCUUCUCUUCUCUUCUCUUCGCCCGUUACGUCCCGUUCCGUUAAAGCUGCAGCAGGCGGAGACUGGAGUGACAUGGACACAUAAAGGCUUACUUACUAGUCCAGCUGAAUCAUACGGCCAUACGUCCUCCACGACGAGGCCAAAGGAGCUUCGUCGUCGCCACUCGCACAGCAUUUAAGCGGACGAGCUUCUUUUCCAGCAUUCAAAGCUGUAUUGCCAAAAGAUAAUCACCUUACAUUGUUGAUGGAUUGGUUUCUUAAUGCUCACAGAUCGAUCCAUGGAGAGGACCUAGCAGCGCUCUGAACCUGUCAUUUCUACGCCAAUUUGUUUAGGCGAUUUAAAGUGGCAUACGGAGGCGCAUAGCUGCCUGCUCUAAUCUAGGGUUGGAUACUUUGCAUUAGCUUAAAGCCUGGGCUCUUCUGUGUGGGCGCAGCACCCUCAAAAGGAAUCUUUGGAAGGCUUGAAGUGGAUCUGAUAUUAGAUAAUGUAGGAGCUUGGAGUGAAACACAGGAAGAAGAAAUGGCCGGUGCCACUGCCAAAACUAAACGGGGAAAUGGAGCCUCUACCUCCUCUCUUUCCCUCUCAGACAGCGGCGACAGCACUGCACUCGAUAAAUUGCCUCCUGUACACGGGCGGACAAGCGGUCCUACAAGGCGUUCAUCUAAGGGGGGCUGGACACCAGAAGAGGAUGAGAUUUUGAGGAGAGCCGUUCAGUGCUACAAGGGAAAGAAUUGGAAGAAAAUAGCCGAAUUUUUCCCAGAUCGCACAGACGUGCAAUGCUUGCAUAGAUGGCAAAAGGUUCUUAAUCCAGAUCUUAUCAAGGGACCUUGGACAAAAGAGGAAGAUGAUAAGAUUGUGGAACUUGUAAAGAAGUAUGGAUCAAAAAAGUGGUCUGUAAUUUCUCAAUCUUUGCCAGGGCGCAUCGGAAAACAAUGUCGAGAAAGGUGGCACAAUCAUUUAAAUCCAGAAAUAAAGAAAGAUGCAUGGAGUCAGCAGGAGGAGUUGGCGCUAAUUCGUUCUCACCAAAUUUAUGGAAACAAGUGGGCAGAGAUUGCAAAGUUUUUGCCUGGGAGGACGGACAAUGCAAUAAAAAAUCACUGGAAUAGUUCAAUAAAGAAAAAGCUAGACUCAUAUUUGGCAUCAGGGCUUCCAGUCCAGCUGCCAGAUUUGCCAGAUUUGUCUGGUGUCCAGGAAAACAUGUUACCUAUGUUCAGUACAACCACAGAAACGUCCAUUGAUGCAGCCUUCACAGGAACAGUGAGUGAUCAGCUGUUUGCAUGUAGUCAAGAGUCUGUUUCUAGAAGUGGUAAUCAAUCAGGUUCAAUGGAGAUGGCUUCUACAAGUUCCCUGCAGCUUAGCAAAGAAAAUUCAGAUUUGCAAAAAGAAGCAAAACACAAUAGUUUGGUCGGUGAAACAAAGGAUUUAGCUAACCAUUCUUACCCACAUUGCAUUCAGACGAAUGGAGGUGCUUUUGUAACAAGAAAUGAAAUGACUGAAUUUUCUGAUGUUCGAAGAUGUGAAGUUGCAAUGACUGUGCCUUCUUAUCAAAUGAAUGAUUAUUUAGAUUCUGUUAUUACAAGUAAUAUUUUCUCUGUUGGAAGUCCUGGAGAAGUUUCGAAUGCUGCUAAUAUAACGAAUUGUGUUGCAUCUACCAUGAAUUGUGUUGCAUCUACCAGCAUGGACUUUCAACUGGGAGCACACAACUAUGAUGAAGAGAACAAAUCUUCAUGUUCACAUUUGUACACAAAUCAGUUUUCAAGCUCUAGUGAUGUGGCUAUGGACUCCACUACAGUGUGUGCACCAGCAUUCUCAGCUUCAUGGUCACCACUUGGUUCUAGGACUCCUCUUACACAUCUCACCUGUCACAUUGGUAACAAAACAGCAGUUUGCUCACCUGAAAAGUCUAAUGCUACACUUGAUAACUAUAUUUCUGAUUCUUAUGAGAUUGGACAUAGUAAUGAACUUUUACAAAUCUGCUUGCCUCCUGGUCAGGAUUUUAAGCGUGAUAAUGAGGGCGAAACGUCUGGUUCAGCUGUGCAAUCUCUGACGUCUAAUGUAAAUGUCAAGACUGGUUUAGACAUGAAGGCUAGCAAUUCUGACAAUCCAUCUCAAAAUCCAAAUUGUGAGGCUUUGUUUUAUGAGCCACCCCGUCUUUCAAAUUGGGAAAUACCAUUUGUUAAUUGUGAUCUUGUAAAUUCUUGUGGCUAUCUUCAACAAGCAUAUAGUCCUCUUGGUGUGCGUCAAAUGAUAAUGUCCUCAGUUAAUUGUUUUACUCCUCCUUGCUACCCUUGGGCAUCUACUUUUAAUGAGAAGAGCCCCGAAUCUAUUCUAAAAAGUGCUGCAAAAAGUUUUACAAAUACCCCCUCUAUUCUAAGAAAACGACCACGCGAUGCUUCAACUCCUGUCCAAACAAAGCAGAUUGAAAAACUGGAUGAUAGAAUGAAAGGUCAAGAUAAAACUUUUACACCUGGUUCUUUGGUUAAAACACAUGGUGACUUGUUGAGCUCUCCUGAUGAUAUGUCAUGUGCUUGCUGCACAAAGGAUGGUGUGACUGGAGCUGGGCAAUGCCAAAAUAAAAGGUCAAUUCUUGUCUCCCCUCAGUAUUGCUUAAAAUCUAAACAUUCAGCAGCUGUAAAGUCCAUGGAAAGACAGUUGGAAUAUGCAUUUGAUCCCAGAAAAGAAGCUGAUGCUGGUUAUAAAAGUAGCACAUCUUGCAAGAAAGUUAUUGGUGGCUCUGAAAGUGAAGCUCAGAAUAAUAGUAGAGGACUAGAUGCUACUGGCUCUAAAGGUUUGAAUAGAGAUUGUACUUCAAGGAAUGUUGAUGCUAUGCACAAGACUGAACAUGGAGCAAAACUGCAUAAUAUGCAAAGCUUUGGAGUCCUUGUUGAGCAGAAUUUGAACGGUCAGCAGUUGUAUCCAACAAACCUGGACAACUCAUUAAGAGCUGGCAGCUUUAAUGCUUCUGCUGUGAUUUCAAAGUCUCUUGAGGGCAGAAGUAUGGAGUUAUGUGGGAAAAUAAGAGUUUCUGAUGCUGACAAUGAAAUUUGCACAACAGGAUUUGCAUCUUCACACUGUAAUAUAACACAUAAAUUGAUAACGGCCAAUAAUGGAAGUUCUACUGUCAUGGCGUUUCCAAAUACUGUUCAUCAUGGAUUCGAUAUAGAUUGGCUUAGCAACAUAUCCGAUAUAGACAACUUGAGCAUAGGUGGCAGUGUAGCUGAUCUUGACAAAGGUCUUAGUUCACCUGAUGGAUUGAAGUCAUCAUGGAAUCAUAAUCAAUCUAUAUCAGUGCCAAGAAAUGCUGCAGAUGUAAUUCUUGAGGAGAUGGGAAUCUUUAUAAACCAUGAUGAUGAUGCCCUUGGAUUGAUCAGACAUCUUAACGAGCAAACUUCUUCUGCUUUUUUGGAAGCAGAAGAGAUUUUGGGUAUUGAUCCUGCUAAAGAUCCUCUUUUCAUAAUUAACCAAUCAACUCCGAAUGUCAAGGACACGGUUGCUGAGGAUGAAUCAAGUUGUAAAGAAAACAUGUUUUCUUUGGAUGGUAAUUUUGGAGGAGAGAGCAUAUCUCCAUUUUCAACUUGCUUUUCGCCCUUCCCGGUGGAGUUUUCCCUUUCAGAUAUUAGAUUCUUCAGCACUCCUGGUCGAAGUGGAGGACUUAAUGGUGAAGCAGAAAUGAACCAGACUUCUUUUAUGAGCCAAACUCUGAAUGACUUUUCUAGCCCAUCACUAUAUCUGCGGAAGGAAUUCCGUUAAUGUGUACAGUUCCUUUUUUGGGAAGAUUGCUUGUAUGUUUAGUUUUCAGCAAAGGCAGCAUUUUCAUGCCAUUGUUGUUGUAAUCUAAUUAAGAUAUAAUUAUAGCUCAUUUAAUUCUUGCAGAAGAGAGAAUGGAGGCACUUUCCUGCAUAAUUUAUUUAUUGAACUAGUUUGCGGAGAUUCUUUGGAGUUUAUUAAUGUCUAUAGGUUGUAUACAACCAGGGAUAAUAGUGCAGUAAGAUUUGCAUAUCAACGACGGGUGUACUUACUGCAGAUAAUGUCUUAUGUGUAUUGCUCUUGAAAUAAGCUGUGUUCAGCAUUUUAUUAUUCGAAAAAUCUCUUGUGAUUUUUUCUGCAUGCA